AUGCUGCGCCCGCUGCUGCUCGCCGCGCUCUGGCUGGCCGGCCGCCCCGCGCCCGCCCGCGCCUGCCAGCUGCCCUCCGAGUGGAGGCCCCUGAGCGAGGGCUGCCGCGCCGAGCUGGCCGAGACCAUCGUGUACGCCCGGGUGCUGGCGCUGCACCCGGAGGCGCCCGGCCUCUACAACUACCUGCCCUGGCAGUACGAGGCCGGCCAGGGCGGCCUCCUCUAUUCGGCCGAGGUCGAGAUGCUGUGCGACCAGGCGUGGGGCAGCAUGCUGGAGGUGCCCGCCGGCUCCAGGCUCAACCUCACCGGCCUGGGCUACUUCUCGUGCCACUCCCACACCGUGGUCCAGGACUACUCCUAUUUCUUCUUCCUCAGGAUGGAUGAAAAUUAUAACCUCUUGCCUCAUGGAGUCAAUUUCCAAGAUGCCAUAUUUCCAGACACUCAAGAGAACAGAAGGAUGUUUUCCAGCCUUUUCCAGUUUUCGAACUGUUCCCAAGGGCCGCAGCUGGUGACUUUCUCCAGUGACUGGGAGAUCCAGGAAGACAAUAGGCUCAUGUGCUCCUCAGUGCAGAAGGCCCUGUUCGAGGAGGAGGACCACGUGAAGAAGCUGCAGCAGAAAGUGGCCACCCUGGAGAAGCGCAACAAGCAGCUCCGGGAGCGGGUGAAGAAGGUCAAGCGGUCCCUGCGGCAGGCGCGGAAGAACGGCCGCCACCUGGAGCUGCUGAACCAGAAGCUCAGCGAGAAGCUGGCGGCGGCGGGGGGCGCGCGGCCGCACGUGAACGCUCUGGCGCGGGGGCCCGCGCGCGCCCCCUACCUGCGCGGGUAG